AUAAUAUUUUCUUUCAUGAUUUUCUUUCAGCCUGCAAGAAGAGAGUAUAGAGGUCAACGUUCUGUAGAUGCUUUUACCAACUAUUUGAGAAAUCAAAUGAAGAGUGUGAUUGAAGAAUUUCAUUCCUUGAGUGAUAUGAAUAUUGAUUCAUCWAAGCGUACCAUAAUAGCUUACUUUGAGAAAAAGGACAGUGAAAACUACAAACAAUUGGAAAAGAUUGCAGAGGAUUUYAGAGAUGACUGUAAUUUCCGUGUUGGUUUUGGUGAUGCAUCUGCACAAGAAAGAAAGACUGGCGAAAACAUUGUCUACAGACCUGAAAAUAAAGGAAAGGAAGAUGAUAUAGUUUACCUUGGAAAUCUGAAUGACUACGAAAGUCUUAAGACAUGGGCUGGAGAUAAAUGCAUUCCUUUAGUACGUGAGAUUACAUUUGAGAAUGCAGAAGAGUUAACAGAGGAAGGGCUUCCAUUCCUGUUACUAUUCUAUAACCCUACUGACAGAAAGAGCAUUGAGGAGUUCAAAGAUGAAGUUGCAAAGCAGCUUAUUCAUGAAAAAGGAAAAGUCAAUUUCUUGAUUGCAGAUGGGAAAAAGUUUUCUCACCCACUGCAUCAUCUUGGAAAGGCAGAAAAGGAUCUUCCAUUGAUUGCUAUUGACAGCUUCAGACACAUGUAUUUGUUCUCCAAAUAUGAAGAUAUGAAAAUCCCUGGUAAGCUCAAGCAGUUUGUUUUUGAUCUUCAUUCUGGUAAACUUCACAGAGAGUUUCACCAUGGCCCUGAUGAACCCAAACAGACUGAUGCUGUCGGUAGUCAAGGUGACCAAGGAACAGCUGACAUGGGAACUGGAAAUCCAGGAUCUGAAGAUGGCUCCAAUAAGCAAGUUGAAAGUGGCUCUGGUGAUAGGAAAACAAAAACAUCUCCACCUGAAACUGUAUUCAAAAAGCUUUCACCUAGCUAUAACCGAUAUACAUUAUUACGUGAUGAACUCUAAAUGGUUUCUAAUCAGUUACAAGGACAUAUAGGAAAUUUAUAAAGCAUUGUCUUUAUUUAUCCUGGUUGAGUGGCUGGUCACCAGGACAAGGGGCCCAUUUCCCCUCGCACUAAAUGACUAGCAGUAGUUUGAAAUUAUUUAAUUCAAAAUCACUGGUUGGCUAUUCUUAACACAUCAGGAUAUUUUUCUAAAAAAGUAGAUAUACAUAUAUGUGUGCCUAUUGCUUUCUAUUUUUUGGCUUGAAAGCUAUUUGAACUAAUGAUAAAUGAUCAUUAUUUCUCAAAAGGAAGACUUCUCUGGCAGAAAACAAUACACAAAAAAAUAUWAGUACUAAAGGUGUAAUUUUAAUUUAACUGUAAAACUGUAAAUGCUGGUUUGUUAGAGACUUAACAGGACGCACGAAACAAUAUCUGUAUAGGAACUAGUGGAGUAAGUAAAGAAAUCCAUAUUUUAAGGUCURUGGGAUAAUUCACUGUUUAUUCUAGCUUAGUGCAAGCAGUACAGAGUGAUUUUUAUCGUACUGAUAUAUAUGUAUAGCCAAGUGAAAAAAACCUAGAAUAAAAGCUUUUGACUAAUA